GACCUCCAGUUGCAGGGUUGUUGAGAGCAGUGGUAAGCUCAGUGCCGUUUUCACCUCACCUCUGGACACAGAACCUCAGCCAUGAAGGUGUCAAGCAUCUUUCUUCUCUGCGCCUUGGCCUUGUUGAGUUUAUCUGGUAACACUGCAGCUGACCUCCAAAGAAGAAUGCCAUUAUGCAAAAUUCCAACUAUUGGAUGCCCCAAGAUUUAUAACCCUGUCUGUGGAACUGAUGGAAAGACUUACUCCAAUGAAUGCAUGCUGUGCUUUGAGAAUCAGCAGCGCAAGACUCUUGUCCUCAUUCAAAAAUAUAAGGCUUGCUGAGAGUCAAGGUGUGAAAUCCCUUAAGGUCACCAAGUUGCCUGGCUGGCCUGCCUGUUGAAUAAAUGUAUUUGAAUACACUUUGUUCUUCCCAA